AUGAAGGCCUUGUUCUUCGUCUCCUUCGUGGCUUCCCUUGCAUUUUUCCUCGUCGGAUACGAUACCGUCCUGGUUGUGUAUAUGGGAUGGAAGCUGUUCGGUCCCAAUUUGGACGUCGCUGGUUACCUCCUGAGUUUAGUUCCCGUCGUCGGAGAAAUUUUCGCGGUCAUCAGCGCGCUGGCGGGUGGCGUGUGCGCCGAUACGUUCGGCCGGAAGUUUCCACUCAUCGUCGCCGGCGUGAGCUUCUUUUUUGGCAACCUUCUAAAAUGUUCAGCCACGUCAUCUUUUGCCGUCCUAAUCAUGGGCCAGGCCGCGACCGGGGUUGGCAUGGGCCUCAGUUUCAGCCUGUGCCCCGUCUACAUUGCUGAGCUGGUCCCCGCGCCGGUCCGUGGGCUUUUGACCUCAGCCACCGAGGUCUCAUUCAACAUGGGGAUACUGGUGGGCUACACCACGUACCAGAUGUUCGAGGCCUUUCCCCCAGCAGUAGCACAAAAAUUGCUUUUUGGGGUUGCACUGUUCCCUUCCCUGUUGUUCACCCUCGGCAUGGCAGCCAUGGCGGAGUCUCCGGUCUGGUUGAUCGUCAGGCGUGGUCGGAUCGACGAGGCCAAGACCAUCCUACAGGGCAGCAGUCGGCGGAGCCCCGCAGAAGUCAACCACAUAGUCAGCCACGUCCAUCAUGAACAGGCACCGGUGAAGAUCGCGUGGAACAAGUUCCUCCGCCCACCUCUGCGCCGCGUGUUCAUCUCCCUGGCAGGACUGCACGUUCUCCGCCAGCUGUCGGGCAUCGAAACGAUGACGGUGGAAAGCUUGCUGCUCGUCGUCCACCAGGAGAAGAAGCUUGUUGAGGUAGCAGGGGUGAUCAUACAGCUGGUACUAAGAGUGGCAUUCGCAACUCUGUCCAGUUGGCAGGUCGACAAGGUGGGGCGGCGAUUCACACUGCUGGUCAGUUUGGCCUGCACCAGUGGGUUUUUGGUGAUGUACGGGCUGCCGUUGUUCUGCCUCCGGUACGGCAUAAUAAAAGUGUCGGAACAUGGGAAUACAGAUCAGGAGCGAGUAGCGAGAGCACUCAGCAUCUUUGCUGUAGCCGGGAUCAUGUCGUCGUUCCACUUCGGAGUUGGGCCGGUGACUUGGAUCUACGCGGGGGAAGUUUUCGAUCGGUACGAGGUACGUGCCCAAGGUUCCAGCCUCGGCGUGGUGAUCAACCGAGCUGCUGAUACCAUCUGGUGGCUGUGCUUCUAUCACAUUGCUAGAUGGCUCGGCAUGGGCGGGGCUUCCCUACUAGUUUUCGUCGUGCUGAUUGGCGGACUCGUCUUCUGCUUCAUCUUCAUCACAGACAAACAAGGGCAGAUUCUAGAAUGA